GAUCUUGUGUCCUGCAACUAAUGAGCUGAACUUUUUAUCUCUAAUGGUUUUAUCCAAAUAGGUUUUGUUUUUACAUGUGACUUCAUGUUUUCCCUACAUGAGAACAGGUAUCUGUGUAUGAGAAGUUUACCUUUUGAAGAAACUGUCUCCCAAAGCAGUCAUAUCACUUUACAUGCCCCCCAGCAGUGCACAGAGCCCCAGUUCCUCCACAUCCGUCCUUACACUUGGUACGACCCACAUGAUACCCCAUCAUCAACUUACAGGGCAAUGGACGGUUAGAAAAAUUAAGUGACUUGCGCAGCCACCCCAAACCGCCUUCUCAGCAGGCUCAAAGCCCUGGCUCAGAUCUCACCAACUCUGUGCCCUUAGAGUCUCAUUUCCCACCCACGGAUGAGCAAACUGACACCCCACGAGGUCACUGAGGGAGUGACUCUCCGGCCUUCAAGACCUGAGUCUGUUUUGUGUGGCCUGUCCCAAACCAGAUCAGGGACCUCCUCUAGGAUUCCACCCCCUUCCCUUGCCCUCCACCCACCCUUGCCCUACCCCAGGGCAUCAUGCUCUCCCAAACGUGGGGGUCCAGGAAGGCUGGGGGUGUUCCGUUUGACAUCACAGAGCCGGUUGCCACGGGAGACGUGCAGACCCAGGCAGGGGAGAGCCGAGCCCUGCUGCACAGGAGGCCCAGCAGCUCCUCCCCCACCACGCUGGCCCUCCAUGGAAGCCUUGAUGCAGUGAGCUGGGCCCGAGGACAUCCCAGCCACCCCGACACGCCACCCAACAUCUACGAGGGGGGCCUGGGGGCCCAGCAGCAGUGCCCCGGUGCCCAGGGAAGCAAGCCCAAGAACUUCCGGCUGCGUCACCUCCGGGGCCUGGGUCUCUACCUGCCGAGCCACAUGCAGCCCGCCGGCCAGGGUGAGAGCCACUGGCUGGGCCAGCUCAUGGCCAGGGGCUGCCUCCCACCGCCCGAGGGUAUGGCCUGGCCCCUAGACCUGCCACACGGGACUUUGGGCCCAGGGGACAGCCACCGCUCAGUUCUUCUGGAAACUCAAGUGCCCGGGGACAGCCUGGAAAAUCCAGGGCUCUCUUUAUGGAGGACUGCUCCUCCUUUCCUAUUCUGAAGAAUGCCAGGUUCAGGGUGGGGGGUGCGGUGGUCAUAGGAUGGGCUAGCAACCUCCCUUCAGUCCCUCUGAGUGAUUCCUCUCCGUCCACUUUCUUCAGCUUCCAGUUCCAGCGUGGACCCGGCCAAGGGUGCCGCCUCCCAGCCUGGUCCGCCAGAAGGCUUGGGGCUCAGGUCGAAGAGGUCCUGGGGGGCCUCAGAGGAGUCCACAUGUCCCUUGUGCAAGAGAACCCGCUCUGG